UAUCUUUUCCCUUGACAUCAGGAAGGCGGGUGGAUGCAUGGAUGGAAAUGGGCAACGGUUGUUUCUUUCGCUUUCUUCGCUCGCCAUGGUGCGAGUUUGUGUAAAGGGCGAUUUGCAUCUGGACGCAAAGUUGUCCCCGGCGUUCUCUUUACGUACUGUGUACAUUCCAAGGCGUACAUAGAUACGAAUGGAUCUCUUUCUUUCCCGAAUGAUGUUCGUAAGCAUGGUGCCUACAUGAAUCAAGGGCUGAUGUGAUGGACGUGUUGAUAUUCUUUGAACUGACGUGGAUGUAUUUAGUGCCAGACUAAAGUUUGCACUACCAGCGUAGCUUAGCAGCAGUUGACAUGAGCCUGGUUGACGCGUGACGUCUUUGAUUCUCCGGGACGGGGUGCAAAAAAAUAUUCCUUGCUGUAGGCAUUGAAGUACUCAGGCACAACAGCCCAACUGCUGCAGGCCGGUCGACAUCCAACUGCUUGCGCUUCCGCCAAGACUGGCUUCGGCAAACCUCACCCACUGAAGCGCAUGGUAAUUGCAUCCGUCGCCUUGUACACCACCCGCACAACCAGCUGCUCCCGUCUUUCACCCUUGGGAAUAAAGACAACUUUUCCCCGAAGCCCUUCAGUCUCUAAAAUAUCCAACUCCCGAGUAUGCAAUAUAUCCAGCAUCCACGGCAUCGCAUACAACAUCAGACGAAAUAUGGUUGAUACUCUUGCCAGCCUCGAAAAGGAAUAUUGCCCUCCCUUGGAUCCCGCACUCAUCCACGCGCUAUACCUCGAUUACAGCGAACAGCCCGAUGGCGUCAACGCUCUGCGAGCGAUACUGCACGAUUUCAAGCACGCUGCGGCUGCCGAACAGCUCACCGACUUCGACCCCUCAGGCAGCAGCGGGCUGUCACCUCGCGAUCUCUCCUCCCAGCAUGGCUCCGAUGAUGCGCAGUCCAACGUGAAUUCGUGGGCCUCGCAGACCACAGAAACGGAUUGUACUGGACUUUCCGCCGAGCUUGCUUCGCUAGACCUUAGCCAGCGAUCGGCCUCGGGCUCUGAAGACUCGUGGAGUGGCGGGUACUACAAGGACAGUGACCAUUUCGACACACCAACCAAGGAAGUAUUGCUAGCGGAAACGUUUCCGAGUCUACGACUGCAGCUCGUCGCCUAUACGUUGAAAAAAUGCGGCAACGAUUUGAGCCGGGCCACAGAUGAGUUGCUCAACCAGGUAUAUUUAGAAGAUGCGCAAGCAAGCCCAGGCGAAGAGUCAGCUCCCAGAGGCAUCGAUGCUUUUUCUGAGGAGUUUAACGUGUCCAGGCGCGGCAAGAAAGGCAAGAAGAAGAAUAAGAACGCCAGAAGGGUGGCAUAUGAUGAGAAUUUCGCUGCGUCGGAAGCGGGCUCGUACUCUGCGCCGCCACUCAAUAGGUGGAGUGAUGCUGAUAGGGAUGUCGAAUUCAUCGUUUCCAGGACCAGCCUGUCCGCCAAGGUCGUCACUUCCCUUUACCACAAAAACGGCGCUUCACUUGCGCUCACCAUCUCCGUUCUGAUUCAGAAAGAUGUGACCGAUCAUGCCACGCAAGAACCUCACGCCAGCCACAUUCAAUCAGCUAUCGAUCUUGCUCGAGACUUUCCAAAUGUCGAAAUGCCUCGUGCGAUAGCCCUUAUCCGGCUCACCGACCCAUCCACGUCCAACGCCCACCAGCUUGCCAAAGCUCUAACCAUUCACCCUUCUACUCGACUCCCUUCCACCUCACAACAGCACAUCAUUCCCCGUUACACCCCACUGAAUCUCUCAGACCCAGAACCUGAAGCAGCACCUCUACCGUCCCUUCCUCUAUCGGCCACGCCCCACUCCACGACCUCUCUCGCCACAACCCGCAGCCAGGCCUUCAACCAAGCGUCAGUUGCAUACCGCAAAGGCCGCUCCAACCCUCUCAUGCGCGCUGCUGCGGGCUACUACUCGCAAGUUGGCCGCGACGCGUCUGCGAACUUGCGCGCGCACCGGGAAGCCGAUGCCGACGCCUUUGUGACGCAGCAAUCCUCUUCUACAGUCCUCGACCUGCACGGCGUCACCGUGGCAGACGCGACACGCAUCGCCAAACAGGCCACCCGCGCCUGGUGGGACGCCCUCGGUGAGCAACGUAUCCCUGGUGGUGGGAGGGCCGGCGUCGGUGAUGGGUACCGCGUUAUCACUGGUGUGGGGAGACAUAGUGAGGGUGGCAGGGGCAAGUUAGGUCCUGCGGUAAGUCGAGCAUUGAUUGCGGAUGGGUGGAGGGUUGAGAUUGGAUCGGGCGAGGUGCGCGUUUUGGGAGUUGUGAGGAGGUAGC